AUGGAAGCCAUUGCCAAGUUUGAUUUCAUGGCCUCGGGAGAAGAUGAACUGAGCUUUCACGCUGGCGAUGUUCUGAAGAUCCUAAGUAACCAAGAGGAGUGGUUCAAGGCGGAGCUUGGGAGCCAAGAAGGCUACGUGCCCAAGAAUUUUAUAGACAUCGAGUUUCCCGAGUGGUUUCACGAAGGCCUCUCACGACACCAGGCAGAGAGCUUGCUGAUGAGCAAGGAGCUUGGUUGCUUCAUCAUCCGGGCCAGCCAGAGCUCCCCCGGGGACUUCUCCAUAUCCGUCAGGCAUGAGGAUGAUGUUCAACACUUCAAAGUCAUGAGAGACAACAAGGGUAAUUACUUCCUGUGGACAGAGAAGUUUCCAUCCCUCAACAAGCUGGUGGACUACUACAGGAAGAAUUCCAUCUCCAAACAGAAGCAGAUAUUUCUGAGGGAUAGGACCCGGGAGGAACAGGGUCAGCGGGGCAACAGCCUGGACCGGCGGUCCCAGGGAGGCCAUCCCCUGAGCGGGGCUGUGGGAGAAGAAAUCCGGCCUUCAAUGAACAGGAAGACAUCGGAUCACCCCCUGCCCCCUCCUUCGCAGUAUCCCCCGGCCCCACUGCCGCCACAGCAGCGGUACCUGCCACAGCAUCAUUUUAAUCAGGAACGCCGUGGAGCCAGCCUAGACAUAAACGAUGGGCCCUGUGGCCUGGGCAUGGGCACCGAAAUGAAUGCCGCUCUCAUGCACCGGAGACACACUGAUCCGGUGCAACUCCAAGUGGCCGGGCGGGUGCGGUGGGCCCGGGCGCUGUAUGACUUUGAGGCCCUGGAGGACGACGAGUUGGGCUUCCGCUGCGGAGAGGUGGUUGAGGUCCUGGACAGCUCCAACCCCUCCUGGUGGACCGGCCGCCUGCACAACAAGCUGGGCCUCUUCCCUGCCAACUACGUGGCACCCAUGACCCGAUGA